CUAGCUCAGUCUCUCUUUAGUUUCAGUCAUUGAAAUAAAGUGUAACACUGUCCUUGCUGAAGAAACAGAAUAGUUACAAUAUGGUGAAAAAAUCCUUUUUCUUUCUGACAUUGGCAAUCCUCAUAGCAUAUUAUAUUUAUAUACCCCUUCCAGAUAAUGUAGAGGAACCCUGGAAAAUAAUGCUGCUUGAUGCUGUUAUGAGAACACCAUCACAUUUGGCCCAGUUUGCUGAAAUGUUAGGACUAAACCACUUUGUAGAUUCCAUGAUGUUCUUUCUAAGCUUUCAAGACGUUCCACCAACAUCAGAUGAAAAUGUAAGCGUGACAGAUACAACAUUUAACAACAUUCCUGUCCGUAUUUAUGUGCCAAAACGGAAGCCAGAAUCACUAAGAAGGGGACUAUUUUAUAUCCAUGGUGGUGGUUGGUGUUUUGGGAGUAAUGCUUUUCCUGCUUGUGACUUUCUCUCAAGAUGGACAGCAAAUAGGCUUGAUGCAGUUGUCGUAUCAACCAACUACAGACUAGCCCCAAAGUAUCAUUUCCCAGUUCAAUUUGAAGAUGUAUACACUGCUUUAAAAUGGUUUUUACACCCGGAAGUUCUUAAAAGCUACGGUGUAGAUCCUGGGAGAGUUGGUAUUUCUGGGGAAAGCGCUGGUGGUAAUUUAGCUGCAGCAGUGACUCAGCAGCUCUUAGAAGACCCAGAUAUCAAGAGCAAACCCAAGAUACAGUCUCUAAUAUAUCCUGCCCUUCAGAAUUUUGAUACAGAUUCACCAUCUUAUCGAGAAAAUUCACAUUUUCCAAUUCUGUCCAAAUCAGUAAUGGUCAGGCUCUGGAGUGAAUACUUUACUACGGAUAGGUCACUCGAGAAAGCAAUGCUUUCCAACCAACACAUUCCUCUGGAAUCAAGUCAUCUGUUCAAGUUUGUUAACUGGAGUUCCUUGCUCCCUGAGAAGUUUAAGAAAGGACAUGUUUAUAAGAAACCGACUUACAGUAGUUCAGAGCUCACUAAAAAAUAUCCAGGGCUCUUAGAUGUGAGAGCUUCACCUUUGCUGGCUGAUGACAGCAAGUUGCGUGGUUUACCCCCGACCUAUGUUAUCACCUGCCAAUAUGAUGUCUUAAGAGAUGAUGGACUUAUGUACGUUACUCGACUUAAGAAUUCUGGAGUUAGAGUGACCCAUAACCAUAUAGAAGGUGCAUUCCAUGGAACAAUGUCUUUUCUGCAUGUUAAAAUCGGUUAUAGAACAGCAAAUCAAUAUAUUAGUUGGCUACAGGAAAACCUGUAGUAAAAAUCUAAUCAAUAUGGAAAACACAAGACCCAGUUAAUCCAAGAGCUUUCAGACAAUUUUGACAGCUAAACUGUAGAGAAAUUCAAACGAACCAAUUCUUACUGUCUUAUUUUGACAGUUAUCUCCAUUAUCAAAUGCUUACCCCAACUAGUAUAAUUAUUACUUGUCAGCAUAGAAAAAUGUUACAGAAUCAUUGACUAUAUUCUCUAUGUUGCACUUUCAUCCCUGUGUCUAAUUUAUAUCGUGAUUGAGAUUUUGUGCUUUUUCAUCUUCUUACUUUUUUUUUUUUUAAGCUUGAAGGACCAAAUCCUGUGUUACCUAAUGGCCAUAUUAGAACAUCCAAAAACAGUUUAGACAUAAAAUACACCUUGAUAGUUUUAUUCUGAAUUUGAGAGCUUUAUAUGGGAAAGAUACAAUCAAGAGGUACAACAGUUAUUAGAGGAGACAAGGUAUUAAUCAUAAGAUUCCAAAGACAAAUAUUUAAAGUAAAUAAUAUAUAAAUGUAUAGCAAUAAACAAUUGUAGUUAAAGGAAUCUUUUCAAAAAGGAUUUAAGUAUGUCAAAAGCACAAAGUUAACAAAACAAUUUAGUGACAAAAUGAACUUCUAUUACUCUGCAUAAAAUAAUCAAGUCAUUUUACAAAUGUAAUUUUACUCCUUUGAUACAUUAUUCGUAUUACAGUUUGAAGUAAAAGAUUUUUUCAAUCUUUUUUUCCUCUGUUUACUUGAGAUUGAUAGUUUCUGUCCUGUUUUCAAAAUAAUUAGUAUUUCCUUCUAUAGUGUUUGAUCUUUUUUUUAUUGUUACACUGAAGUUUUCAUUUCACUUCUUUUACUUCUCACUCAGCUUUAGAAUUUCCACUUGGUUCUUUUUUAUAUUUUUCCCUUCUCUCCUCAUUAUUUUUGCCUUUUUGAUUAAAUCCCUGACCUUAUUAAUAAUGGCUGUUUUAAGAUAAAUAUCUGUUAAUUCAUUCUUGAGUCUAUUUCUCUUGAUAAAAGUUUGUUGUUAUGGGUAACAUUAUUAAAACAUGUUUAGUAAUCAUAGUUAGAUGCUUAAUAUUAUGAAUGUUAUAGAGUUAACUAUUGAAAUUCUGUUGGUUUCCUUUAAAGAGUGCUGAAUUUUUGUUUAGCAAUAGUCAAGUUACUUAGGGGUCAGUUUGUUUCCAUCAGGUUUGGUUUAAGAUUUGUUAAAUAUUUAAAGCUUUGUUAAGCUGGGUCUAGUGUGGCUUUUCUUCAUAUGUGACUCUGCUGGGCUCUCUCCUAAAAGCCCCAGGUGAUCAACAAGGACUCUACUCUGGAUGGUGAGGUCUCAAACAUCUCAGCCCUGUAUGAUUUCUUGGAGUUCUACAGUUUCACAGUGCAUGGUAGUUGUUCUUUCUCCACCUUGUGGUGUUUCUCCUUGAGGAUAUGCAACUCAGAAUGCAGCCAACACUCAGAAACCCUGUUCAGGUUUGUGGAGAUGUUUCUCUGCGUAUCUCCUUCCGAUCAGGUGUUCUACCCUGUAAACUUCUACUGCUUCUGGUUCCCUGAUCCAAUCUUUGUCUGCUCAGCUUAGCCUCUCACAGUCUGCUGCAAGCCCAUUUUCUUAGUCUUUGGUUAUGAACAUAUCCCUCCAGGCAGUAGCUGCACCAGCAGGGGAUCCCCUUGCUUUGUUCUCUUCCGUCAGUGAUCAGUGUCCUAUGCUGUCCGUGGUACAAUGUUUGAAGACCUUUCUUUCAUAGAUAGUCCUAUUUUCUACUUGUUUAUGACAAGAUACCAAACAUUAUUUUUUGUUUUAAGAUUUAAGUACUUCAGCACAUUGCUUAGAGCAUAGAAAAAAAUGCUAAAAAUUACUAGCUAUUCACAAUCAUAAUUUUAAUAGUAUCACUUCCUGUGUUGUAAUUGUAGGAAAAAAAUAGUAGUGAUACAGAACAAAGGGGAAUGUAAGAUAUAGGAAAACAGAGAUAAUGUUUAUCUUGCUUCAUAAAUGCUCUCAAUAGUUUAAAAUAUAUUUUUUCUCCUUUAUACCAAAAUACAUUAUUUGGACCGUAUAUUAGAUGUUCAGUAUUUUCCCAGUAAACUGUCCAUAAGAUUAAAAUACUUGCACCCAGA